AAAAAUUGUUUUAGAAUAUACAGGUAAAGCCCUUUCAUGAUACCCCUUUCAUGAUUGGUAUAGGGGGGGGGGGGGGGGGACACACACAUUUUACCACUUUGGAAGUGUCCCUCGCGUAAACUAUUCAGUUUAGAAAAAAAUAAUAUUAGAAACCUCAAUAUAAUUUUUGAAGACCUAUCCAUAGAUACCCCACACGAUUAUUCGAUAUUCGAUGUACCUUAAAUACCUAUAUGUGAUGAUGCUGAGCAAACUCUCGUAUGCAGAAUAGAACAACUUUGAACUUAAAACCUAAACACUUUGCUCUAGGAUUCUGUACCCGAAGGGUGCCAAUGAGACCCUAUUUUGAGGCCUUCGCUGUCAGCCCGUCUGUCUGUCAACAGGUUGUAUCUCGUGAACCGUGAUAGAUACAGAAUUAAAAUUUUCACAGAAUGUGUAUUUCUAUUGCCACUAUAACAAAAAAUAAUAAAAAAUUCAAAAUGGUGGCCAUGAAAGUUUAAAAAAAAUAAAAAGUACAUUGUUCACUCCGGCCAGUUGGCAUGGGUGAAGGGGUUCGAAUCGCUUCCUGAUGGACUGUAUUUUUCAAAACGAAUACCUAAUUUUGACGCGACACCAGUGAGGAGAAAAUAAGAAAACUCGACUCACCAGCGCCGUCGCAGUCUCUCCUCCCGUCGGUACCGACACUAAGCACUUCCCUGUAGCACUUGGGAUGGCCCCAGGGCCCAGCGUGAUGGAUUCGGGGCUUGGAGCGCCGACGACGUGUGUCGUCUGUCUUCACGCGCGAGCGACUCUGCCAAUGAGCGGUAACCUAUCUACCCUCACUGGCGAAUAUAUUUAUAUCAACCCGACGAACGAUUCUAACGAUAUACCUAUUGCAGCUAAUUGAUCUGCCGCUAAAUUCAAAUGAACCUAUCUAAAAACUAAAACUAAAUUCUAAAACUAAACGAAAUAAGGUUAUCUAGUCGAUGGGGAUUGAACAUACAUAGAUGCGUGUACACCUGGUUAGUACUCGCAUCUUUUACUCUGUCAAUUGUAUUUUUAGGGUUCCGUACCUCAAAAGGAAAAAAAGAUCCCUUAUACGAUUAUUUCGUUGUCUGUCUAUCUGUCUGUCGUGUUCGUCAAAAAACCUAUCUACAGGGUACUUCCUGUUGACCUAGAAUCAUGUUUGGCAGGUUGGUACGAGUAGGUCUUAUAGCACACUUAGGUACGGGGAAAAAUCCCAACACCGUGAAUUUGUGGUUACCAACAUCACAAAAAUAAAAUAAAAUGUGUUCAUGAACAAUUAAUAAUAAUUAAGUAGUAUUUUCAACUUUCAAAGUAAGAUUAAUAUACCAAGUGGGGUAUCGUUGAAGUGGCCUUGUACCUACACUUUAAAACAGAUUUUUAUACAUACCUACCUAAUAGUUUUUGAUUUAUCGUGCAAAAUAUCUAAAAAAUAUGAGAGUAGUACGGAACCCUCCGUGCGCGAGCCAAAGCGUUUCGCUGAGCUGACGAGAUCCUGGUAAUAGACUGGACUCUCCGUCCAGCGGGCGCACCGUGUACUCUGUACAACACAAUCCGACAAUGAUGCGGUGGUCGUCGCACAGUGUGGAACACGACGUGCGGGGCGGGGCAGUUCCGCUGCGCGCGCAGCGGCCUGUGCGUCGCGGCCAGCUGGCGCUGCGACGGCGACGCCGACUGCGGCCCGCACGACGCCUCCGACGAGGACCCCUACAUGUGCGAGAAGGACUUCCGGUGCUGGGGCGCCUGGGCGCGCUGCGCCACGCCCGAGGACGGCCAGUUCAGCUGCGUGCCCGUCUACCAGUUCUGCGACGGCCGCCGCCACUGCCUCGACGGCAGCGACGAGUGGGACAUCUGCGACAACUUCACGGAGGCGGCGUGCGCGGCGCACGGCUGCGACGCGUGCCGGCCCACGCACGAGGGCGUGGCGUGCUACUGCCGGCCCGGCUACGAGCCGCGCGACGGCCAGUGCGUCGAUAGCGACGAAUGUUCGUGGGAGGGCGCGUGCGCGCAGCGCUGCAUCAAUUCACCGGGCUCGUACGCGUGCGCGUGCGUCGCUGGCUACGCGCUGCGCGACGACCGCCGCACCUGCCGCCCCAUCAACGAACCGCCGGACGCGCCGCUGACGCUGCUGGUGGUGACGCAGAGUGGCGUGUCGCGCGAGUGGCUGCCGCCGCACGCCGCGCCCGCCGGUAACCACUCGCUGGCCGCUCUCGACGUGCGCGCGCUGGACUUCCACUACAGUAACGGCUCGGUGUGCUACGUGCACCACAACGUUAGCCGCGCGGCGCUGGUCUGCGUGCAGGCGGACGACUUCGCCAACCGCACCGAGCUGCCCGCGCCCGCGCUCUUCGCCGACCUCAGCUCGGUAUCGCACCUGGCCGUGGACUGGGUAGCCGGCAACUGGUACUUCGCGGAUGAGGCGCGUGAGGUGGUGUACGUGUGCGACGCCACGCUGCGCCACUGCCGCGUGCUGCUCGAAGGCGCGCUCAGCAAGCCGCGCGGCCUGGCGCUCGACCCAGCCGCCGGGCUUAUGUUCUGGAGCGUGUGGGGCGCCGCGCCGCCCGCCGUGCGCGCCGCCACGCUGGCCGGUGGCGCGGCGCGUGUGCUGGCCGACAGCAAGCUGGUGUACCCGGGCGCGCUGGCCGUGGAGCCGGCAGCGCGCAUGCUGUACUGGGCCGACGCGUACCUGGAGUGCGUGGAGCGCGCCGACUACGCGGGCCGGCGCCGCCUCACCGUGCGGCGCGGCUACUCGUCGCCGCGGCUACAGGCGCUGGCGCCGCUCGACACAUCGCUGUACCUGCCGCUGUGGGGCGAGCGCGCCGUGGCCGUGGUAUCGCGAUUCGCGCGCGAGCGGCGCCGCACGCUGCUGCCGCUGGGCGCGCGUCCCACGCACGCGCUGGCCUAUCACCGCCAGCGCCAGCCGCGCGUGGAGCACCCGUGCGCGGUGCGCAACGGCGGCUGCGCGCACAUCUGCAUCACGGGGUACCGCGCCGGCGCGCCGCACGCGCACUGCCUGUGCCGACACGGGUUCCGCCUGGCCGGCCACGGCGACUGCGAGCUGUCGUCGGCGCAGAGCUACGUGGUGGUGUCGCGCGGCUCGCCGCCCAUGGUGGCGGGCGUGGCGCUGCCGGGCGGCGAGGAGGCCUUCGCGCCGGCCACGCGCGCCGCGCGCCCUACCGCCGCCGACGUGGACGCGCACACCGGCACGCUGUACUACUGCGACGUGCACAGGUACGAGAUCGUGCGGCAGCGGCUGGACGGCGGCGGCCGCGAGGUGUUCGUGGCGGACGACGUCGACAACUGCGAGGGCCUCGCCGUCGACUGGAUGGGACGCAACGUGUACUGGACGGACGACUCGCUGGGCGCUCUGAGCGUGGCGCGGCUGGACGCGGCGCCGCGCCGCGCGCUGCUGCGCGAGCGGUUCCACCCGCGCUCCAUCGCGCUCGACCCCGCUAACGGGGUGAUGUACUGGUCGCUGUGGGCGGGCGCGGCGGCCGCGCGCGGCGCGCUGCAGGCGGCGCGCAUGGACGCGUCGCGGCGCCGCACGCUGCUGGACGAGGAGCUGCACUGGCCCAACGGCCUGGCGCUGGACCACCGCCAGUCGUACCUGUACUGGUGCGACACCUACCUCAACAAGAUCGAGCGCGUGCGCGUCACGCCGCUCGGCGAGCUGGCGCCGGGCGCGGCGCGCGAGCUGCUCGCGCGGCAGGCGCCCGACUUUCCGCUCUCCAAGCCCUACGGCCUGGCGCUCUACGAGGACUGGGUGUUGUGGAGCGAGCACGGGUCGGGCGCGCUGCGGCGCCUGCGCGCCAACGGCUCGGCCGACACGCUGCGCAGCUUCCCGCCGCCGCUCUACGACAUCCGGCUGGUGGACCUCGCCGCGAGAACCGGCAAGAACGCGUGCUCGCACAAGAACGGCGGCUGCGCGGAGCUGUGCUUGGCCACGGGCCCCGGCGAGCGGCGCUGCGAGUGCGGCGCGGGCCGGCGCCUGGCGCCCGACGCGCGCGCCUGCCAGCCCGGCGACGCGGCGCCCGCCUGCGGCGCCGGCUACUUCCACUGCGGACGCGGGAACUGCAUCGACGCGGCGCUGCUGUGCGACGGCGACGCGGACUGCCCCGACGCGAGCGACGAGGACGCCUCGCCGCGCGGCGCCUGCGCGAACGUGACUUGCGACGCGACGCAGUACCUGCAGUGCGACGCCAACCGUUGCAUCCCCAAGGCCUGGAUUUGCGACGGACUCACAGACUGCUCUGACGGCGCGGACGAGACGGCGGCGGCGUGCCAGCGCACGGCGUGCGGCGCGGCGCAGUUCCAGUGCGCGCGCUCGCGCCGCUGCCUGCCCGCCGCCUGGCGCUGCGAUGGCGCGCCCGACUGCGGGCCCGCCGACCGCUCCGACGAAGCCGACUGCGGUGAGUGCGCGCCGUGCGACAGCGGCGCCUUCCAGUGCGACAACGGCGCGUGCGUGCCGUGGGAGUACUACUGCGACGCGCACGCCGACUGCACGGACGCCAGCGACGAGCGCGCCUGCCCCGCCGCCGCGCCCGAGCCGCUCCGCCCCGCGCACCGCCACAGACCGCACCAAAACAAUACCGACAAGCAUGGGAUAUGCGAGGACCACGAGUUUCAGUGCACUAAUAGAGAAUGUAUUCGGAAGGAGUUUCGCUGCGACUCGCGCGUGGACUGCCUCGACAGCUCGGACGAGGCCGGCUGCGAGGCGCUGGCCACCAGCCCGGCGCCCGCCACCACCGCCGCGCCCACCGCCGCACCCUCCGCCGCGCCGCCCGCCGCCGGCGACGACUGCCCCGCGCCCGCGCUGCGCUGCGACAACGGCUCGCGCUGCGUGCCGCUGCAGCAGCUGUGCGACGACAUGCGGGACUGCGCCGACGGCGCCGACGAGGCCGACCGAUGCGGCGAGCCGAUGUGCUCGGUGGCGCCGUGCUCGCACGCGUGCCACGCCACGCCGCGCGGCCCCGCGUGCGCGUGCCCCGCGCCGCUGCUACUGCAGGCCGACGGCGUUACGUGCGCGCCCGCCGACCCCGCCGCGCAGCCUGCGCACGUCUGCACGCAGUGGGGCAUCUGCAGCCAGACGUGCCAGCCGCACAAGAACCGCUACAAGUGCACGUGCCACGCGGGCUACCGGCUGGCGGACGACGGGUUCACGUGCAAGAGCACGAGCGGCGCGCGCGCGCUGCUGGUGUUCAGCACGCGGCACGAGGUGCGCGGCGUGGAGCUGCCGGCGCUGCGCUCGCGCGGCCUGCUGGCGUCGCUGCAGGGCUCCGUGGCGCUGGCAUGGGCGCGCGAGGCGGGCGCGCUGCGCCUGUACUGGACGGACGUGGUGGAGGGCGCGAUCUACCGCGGCACGCUGCGCGACGCGACCGUGGCGGACGCGGCGCCCGUGGUGCGCGGGCUGGCGGCGGCCGAGGGGCUGGCGGCGGACUGGCUGGGUGGCAACCUGUACUGGGUGGACGGCGGCCUGCGCCAAAUCGAGGUUGCGCGGCUGGACGGGCGCCACCGCCGCACGCUGCUAGCCGGCGACAUGGACAGCCCGCGCGCGCUCGCGCUCGACCCCAGCGUCGGCAUGCUGUUUUGGAGCGACUGGGAGGCUGCGGCGCCGCGCAUAGAGCGCGCGUCGCUGGCGGGGCAGCGGCGCGCGGUGGUGGUGCGCGUGCGUGACGCGGCGCCGGGCGCGGCGUGGCCCAACGGUCUGGCGCUGGACUUACCGGCGCGCCGCCUGUACUGGGUGGACGCGCGCUCCGACUCGCUGCACACGAGCGACUACGCGGGCGGCGACGCGCGCGCCGUGCUGCGCGGCCACGCGCGCCUCGCGCACCCGUUCGCCGUGGCCGUGUUCGAGGCGCACGUGUACUGGACGGACUGGCGCAGCAACGGCGUGCUGCGCGCCAACAAGUGGAACGGCUCCGACGUGACGGUCGUGCAGCGCACGCUCACGCAGCCCUUCGACGUCAAGGUGGUGCACCCGAGCCAGCAGCCGGCUGCCGCGCGCAAUCCGUGCGCCGCUAACGGCAACUGCUCGCACCUGUGCCUCAUCGACUCGGCCACGGAGCGCGCAUGCGCGUGCCCGCUGCUCAUGCGCCUCGGCCCCGACGGACGCGUCUGCGAGGUGCACGAGCGCGCGCUGGUGGCGGGCACGGCGGGCGUGCUGCGCGGGCUGGGCGCCGAGGCGGCCGUGCCCACGCUGGCGGGCGCGCACGUGGCGGCGCCGGUCGCGCUCGCCUUUCUGGCCGACGAGUACGCGCUCUACUGGGCCGACGCUGACACGAACGAGCUGAUGCGCGCGGACGUGCGCAGCGGCGCGCAGCAGGUGGUGGCGGACAGCGGCGUGGCGGCGCCGCGCGCGCUGGCGCUAGACUGGGCGGCGCGCCUGCUGUACUUCGUGGCGCGCGACUGGCUCACGGUGAGCGACGUGCGCGGCGCGCUAGCGGCACCGCUGCUGCCCGGCUUCGCGAGCCUGGCCGCGCUGGCCGUGGACCCGCGCCGCGGCCGCCUGUACUGGGCGCUGACGGCGGGCGAGGCGCGCGUUGAGACGGCAGCCGGCGACGGCUCGGCGCGCCGCGUGCUGCUGCGCCGCGCCGACGAACCGCGCCUCGCGCAACCCACCGGCAUGUGCGUGGACGCGCAGCGCGAGCGCCUGUACUGGGUCAACCUCGGCUCCGGCACCAUACAGUACAUCGACCUCAACACUGAACAACUUACCACUGUGGCGCUGGCGGCGGGCGCGCGGCCGGCGGCGCUGACCGCGCUCGCGGGCGAGCUGUUGUGGGCGGACGCGGCGCGCGGCGCCGUGCUGGCGUGCGCGCCGCCGCGCUGCGCCGAGCCCGCCGUGCGCGUCAACGACACCGAGGGCGUGCUGUCGCUGCUGAUGUACGACCGCGCGCUGCAGGCGGGCACGCGCGGCGCCUGCGCGCUGCGGCGCGUGCCGUGCCAGCAUCUGUGCGUGCCGCUGUCCGACACGCGCUCCACGUGCCGGUGCGCGCAGGGCUACGAGCCGCACGACACGCGCUGCAAAGCGGUGGACGACGUGCUGCUGUACUCGCGGAGCUGGGAGCUGCGCGGCGUGCGGCUGGCGGCCGGCGGCGACGCGCAGGACGUGCUGCCGCCCAUCGCGCAGGUCGCGUGCGCCGCUUCCAUCGACUACGACGCUGAGGAGGAGUGGAUCUACUGGGCGGACCCGGAGGCGGGGCUGGGCUGGCGCGUGCGGCGCAGCGGCGCGGCGCGCGCGCGCGUGCUGGAGCAGGCGCCGGUGGCGGGCGCGGCGCCCGACGCGCUGGCGGCGCUGGCGCUGGACCCGGUGGCACGCAACCUGUACUGGUCGGAUGCGGCGCGCUCGCUGCUGCACGUGGCGCGCAUGGACGGCGCGCACCGCUACGUGCUGCGCGACACCGACCCGCUCGUCGUCACCGCGCUGGGCGUGGAUGGCUGGGCGGGCUACCUGGUGCUGGCGGGCGGCGGCUGGGUGCAGCGCAUGCGCCUGGACGCGUCCGAGCCCGCGCUGCUGUACAACGGCACGGCGCUCACCGCCAUCGCGCUCGACACGCAGGAGCAGUGGGUGUACUGGGCGGACACGUGGGACGUGGGCGUGUGGCGCGCGCGCUACGCGGGCGACGUGGGCGCUGUGGGCGGCGCGGCGCAGCGCGUGGGCGGUGGUGCGCCGCUGCAGCACCCCGUGGCGCUGGCGGUGCACGCCGGCCAUCUCUACUGGCUUGAUACGAUGCUGCAGCGCGGCAGCGUGGCGGCGGCGCCGCUCGCCAACCUCAGCGACUACCGCGUGCUGGCCGCCGACCUCGGCACCAGCCUCAAGGACCUCAAGAUCUGGUCGUCGUCCUCGACCGCGGGGCGCGCGGCGCGCAGCCCGUGCGCGCGCGGCAACGGUGGCUGCGCGGCGCUGUGUCUGUGGGACGGCCGCGCCGCGCACUGUGCAUGCCCGCACGGCGACCUCUCGGCCGACGGCUACAACUGCACGCCGUCCACGUCGUUCCUGAUGUACUCGCGCGUCACCGCCAUCGACAGCAUCCGCCUCGACGCCGGCGACGACCUCAACUCGCCCUACCCGGCCAUCGAGAACAAGACGCUGCUGCGCAACGCCAUCGCGCUGGCGUACGAAUACGACAGCCGCACGCUGUUUUACUCAGACAUCCAGCGCGCUGCGCUGCACGCCGUACGCUUCAACGGCUCCGACCACCGCGUGCUGCUCGAGCGCGCAGGCUCGGUAGAGGGCAUGGUGUUCGCGGCGGCUGAGCGCGCGCUGUACUGGACCUGCGCUUCCGCGCCUGCGCUGCGCGCCGCGCACCUGCCGGCGCUGCUGCGCUCGCCGCUGCCGGCGCGUGCGCGCCUCGUGCGUACCGUGCUACAAUUGCAGCCCGGAGCCCGCCCGCGCGGCAUCGACUACGACCCUUGCGAGAGGCGCCUGUACUGGAGCGACUGGAACGCGGCGCGACCGCGCAUCGAGCGCGCGCUGGCCAGCGGGCGCCUGCGCCAGACUCUGGUGGCGCGCGACAUCCUCAUGCCCAACGGGCUGGCGCUGGAGCACGCGGCGCGCCUGCUGUACUGGGCCGACGCGCGUCUCGACAAGAUCGAGCGCAUGCGCUACGACGGCUCGCACCGCCGCGUCGUGACGCGCGCGCACGCCGAGCACCCUUUCGCACUGGCGGUGGGCGGCGGCUGGCUGGCGUGGACCGACUGGGUGGCGCGCGGCGUGUUCGGCGCCGAGCGCGGUGGCGGUGCCGUGCGCGCGCUGCGUCGAGACGUGCCGCGGCCCUGCGCCGUCGUACGCGUGGCGCCCGACACGCAGCGCUGCGCCACCGACCCGUGCGCCGUGGCCAACGGCGGCUGCGCGGAGGCGUGCGCCGUGGAUGCCAGUGGCCACGCGGCGUGCGCGUGCGGCGCGGGACGCGUACUGGCGCGCGACGGGCGAGCGUGCGAGGCGGCGGGCGGCGCGUGCGGCGCGGGGCAGUUCGCGUGCGCCGAGGGCCCCUGCCUGCCCGAGGAGCUGGCGUGCGACGGCGUGCCGCACUGCAGCGGCGACGCGGACGCCAGCGACGAGGACCUGUACUACUGCACGUCUCGCGUGUGCCCGGAGGACAGCGUGUCGUGCGGCGCGGGCGGGCGCUGCGUGCCGGCGGCGCGCCUGUGCGACGGCACGGCGGACUGCGACGACGCCAGCGACGAGGCCGAUUGCGAUUGCGCGCCCACACAUUACAAAUGCGAUGACGGCACGUGUGUGGAGAUAGGCGCGCGCUGCGACGGCGCUUUGCAGUGCCCCGACGCUUCGGACGAGCGCAACUGCCCGCAGACGGCGUGCGCGGCGCUCGGCGACUCGGUGCGGCGCUGCGCCAGCGGGGACCAGUGCUACGCGGCCGAGGCGCGCUGCGACGGCCGUGCCGACUGCGCUGACGCCAGCGACGAGGCAGAUUGCGUGCCGGAGCCGACGCUGCCGCCGGACGCGAUCGACGCGCCGGACGCUGAGACUUUCGAGGAGCAGCCGGUGUUAGGCUGCACGACAGAGCAGUUCCAGUGCGGCAGCGCCGGCGCCGUGGAGUGCAUCCCGCUGCCGUGGCGCUGCGACGGGCGCCUCGACUGCAGCGACGGCAGCGACGAGGCCGAGCACUGCGGCCACCGAAAUGCGAGCGCGUGCGCGGCGGACUCGUUCCCGUGCGGUGCGUCGGGCGCCUGCGUGCCGGCCGCGGCGCGCUGCGACGGCGCGGCCGACUGUCCGCGCGCCGAAGACGAAGCGCGUUGCGCGUGCGCGCCCGGCGCCUUCCGCUGCGCCUCGUCCGCGCUGUGUCUGCACGACAGCCUGUACUGCGACGGCGACAUCGACUGCGACGACGGUUCCGACGAGCCGCCGGGCUGCUCGUCGCGCGCGAGUGGCGGCACCGGCACGGCUGCGCCCGGGGCCGCGCACGGUUUCGGCGCGCUGCUGUGUGCCGGCUCGCCCGGCGCCGUGUACUGUGCGGGGCGCUGCGUGGCCGCCGCGCAGGUGUGCGACGGGCGCGACCACUGCGUGGACAGUGGCGGCGGCGGCGCGGGUUCGGACGAGGACCCCCUGCUGUGCGCGUCGUUCGGCGCAGUGGAGGCGACAGACGAAGCAGGCGCGUGCGCGCGUGGCUCGUGGCGCUGCGACAAUGGCGCGUGCGUGGCGCCGGGCGCGCUGUGCGACGGCCAGGACCACUGCGGCGACUACUCGGACGAGCGGCACUGCAAUGUGAACGAGUGCCUGGUGGCUAACGGCGAGUGCCCGCACAACUGCACGGACCUGGCCGUGGGGCACGCGUGCUGGUGCCGCGCGGGCUGGCGGCGUGAGCGGCGCGCGUGCCGCGACGUGGACGAGUGCCGCGAGGAUGCGCCCUGCGAGCACCACUGCAGAAAUACUUUAGGGAGCUACGUGUGCUCCUGCGCGGACGGGUACCGCUUGAUGGAGGACCGCUCCAGCUGUGAGCCCGUUUCUUCCGUGAAGGCGUCGCUGAUCUUCACGAACCGCUACUACAUCCGGCGCACUGCCAUCCGCGGCGAGCGCGAGGGCGCGGCCGGUUCGCUGGCCGCCACGGCGCUGCUCGUGCACAACCUCACCAACGCCGUGGCGCUGGACGCGCUGUGGGCGCGCGGCUGCCUGCUGUGGAGCGACGUGACGCGCGCCGGCUCCGCCAUCCGCCGCGUGUGCCGCGCCGCGCGCCUGGCUGCCGCGCCGCCGCCGGGCGCGCUGCCCGCACCGCUGGCGCCCGCCGACGUGGCGCUGCUGGCCGGCGCCACACUGCAGAACCCCGACGGGCUGGCCGUGGACUGGGUGGCCGGCAACGUGUACUGGUGCGACAAGGGCACGGACACCGUGGAGGUGGCGCGCCUGGACGGGCGCCACCGCCGCGUGCUGCUGCGGCGCGGCCUGAGCGAACCGCGCGCGCUGGCGUUGCUGCCGGCCGCCGGGCUGCUGUUCUGGAGCGACUGGGGCGCGCGCCCGCACAUCGGCCGCGCGGGCAUGGACGGCGCGGGCGCGCGCGCCAUCAUCACGGCCGGCCUGGGCUGGCCCAACGCGCUCACGCUGUCGCUCGCGUCCCGGGAGCUGUACUUCGCCGACGCGCGCGAGGACUACAUCGCCGUGGCCGCGCUGGACGGCUCCGACGUGCGCGUGCUGCUGUCGCGAGAUCGCAUGCCGUGGCUGCGGCUGCACCACGUGUUCGCGCUGGGCGUGUGGGCGGGCCGCGUGUACUGGACGGACUGGGAGACGCGCGCGCUGGACUCGUGCCGCCGCGUGCCCGACCCCGGCUUCAACGAGUCGGAGCCGGGCCCGCUGUGGGCGGGCGGCGCGCUGCGCUGCCGCACCGAGGCGCGCACCGUGCACAAGCCCAUGGACCUGCGCGUGCUGCACCCCGCGCGCCAGCCGCCGCAGCCCGAGCUGACGGCGCUGUGCGAGCGGCUUAACUGCAGCGGCCUGUGCCUGCUGACGGCGGAGAGCGCGCCGGGAGCGGGCGCGGGCGCGCGCUGCGAGUGCCCCGAGCAUUGGGUGACCACGCCGGGCGGCGGCUGCCGCGCCAACUGCUCGGCCGCGCACUUCGUGUGCCGCGACGCGCUCAAGUGCAUCCCCUUCUGGUGGCGCUGCGACGCGCAGGACGACUGCGGUGAUGGCAGCGACGAGCCGGCCAGCUGCCCGCCCUUCCGCUGCGCGCCCGGCCAGUUCCAGUGCGGCGCGCGCUGCCUGCACCCCGAGCAGCUGUGCGACGGUGAGGCGCAGUGUGCGGCCGGCGAGGAUGAGCGCGACUGCGAGCGCUUCGCGUGCCUCGCGUCGCAGUGGAAGUGCGCCGGAAACGCGUCGGCCGGCGUGGCCGCGCGCUGCAUUGCGGCCGCGCGGCGCUGUGAUGGCGAGCCACACUGCCCUGGCGGUGAGGACGAGCGCGAUUGCCCGCCCGGCACGUGUCCGCCGCACCACUUCCGCUGCGGCUCGGGUGCGUGUGUGCCGGCAGUGUGGGUGUGCGACGCGGACGCCGACUGUGGCGACGGCUCGGAUGAAGGCGCAUGGUGCGCGGCGCGCGCCUGUCCGCGCGGCGAAUUCCGCUGCGGCUCGGGUCGCUGCGUGCCGCGCGACUGGCUGUGCGACGGCGACGCCGACUGCCCGGCGCGUGAAGACGAGGCGGCCUGCGACGCGCGCGCGCCCUGCGACCCCACCUACUUUCGCUGUGCCGACGCUCGCUGCGUGCCCGGUCGCUGGCGCUGCGAUUUCGAGGAGGACUGCGCUGACGGCGGCGACGAGCGCGACUGCACGCCGCGCGACUGCUCCGAGUCUGAGUUCCGCUGCGACAGCGGCGAGUGCAUUCGCGGCGCGCUGCGCUGCUCGGGCGCGGCCGAGUGCGCGGGCGGUGAGGACGAGCGCGACUGCGCGCGCCAGUGCGGGCCGCAGGCGCGCCUGUGCCGCACCGGCGACCAGUGCGUGCGCAGCGCGUGGUGGUGCGACGGCGAGGUGGACUGCGGCGACGGCUCGGACGAGGCGGCGUGCGGCAACGCCACGCGCGGCGCGGGCGACGUGGAGUGUGGCGCGCGACUGCGCUGCGGCGGCAGCUGCGUGCCGGCCGCCUGGCGCUGUGACGCGCGGCGCGACUGCGCGGACGGCGCCGACGAAGACGCGCACGAGUGCGCGCUCACCGCGUGCCCGCCGCCCAUGAUCCGCUGUGGCGACCGCUCGUGCGCGCCGGCGCAGGCGCUGUGCGACGGCUUCGCGGACUGCUCGGACGGCAGCGACGAGAACCCGCUGCUGCGGGCGCGGCGCGGCGCCGUGUGCGGCCGACGAGCAGCUGUGCGGCUCCGGCGACUGCGUGCCGCGCGGCGCACCUUGCGACACCGAGGGCGACUGCGACUGGCGCUCGUGUCCGCAGCUGUGCCUGCCCAAGCACCGCCACAACCACACCUGCAAGUGCGCCGCGGGCUUCAAGCAGCACGUCGGCGCCAACCGCACGCUCGCCUGCGAGGCCAUCGGUGAGCGACAAGGCGAAGCUGCUGGUGGCGUCGGGCGGCGCGCUGCGGCUGCUCGACCCGCACAAGCACGAGCACGAGCGCGAGCGCGAGCACGAGCUGGAGGGGCCGCGCGUCGCCUCCAG